AAAUGGCAGGCUUUUUAGUUCGGAUAUUUCUGGGUUUAAACCUAGGUUUAAUUGUGGAUGGUUUAGAGAGCUCAUGGUCUUACAAUAAACAGGCUCCGGAUGGUCCAAGCACAUGGCCAGAACUCUGUAGAACUGGAGAUAAACAAAGUCCAAUCAAUCUUCCUAGAUCAGGGUUAGAGAAGGUUGUGAUGUCUCCUCUAGUAUUGGAGAACUAUGAUAUUGCUCCUGAAUAUAUGGAAAUUCUCAACACUGGUUACACAGCAACACUCACAUUCAAACCAUUCAAGGAGUCCGCUGCUCCAAGGAUAUCUGGAGGAGGGUUGGGAGCUAAGUAUAAACUCUCCCAACUUUAUUUUCAUUGGGGAGCAACAGACGCGACAGGAUCUGAGCACACUAGAAGCUAUGCUAGGUUCCCCCUUGAGAUGCAUUUGCUUCAUGUUAAAGAAAGUUCUGAAAGGUUGAAGGAUCCUGUAGAGGAUAGUUUAGCAGUCCUAGCUGUACAGUUCAAGAUGCAACUGAAUGGAAAUCCUGCCCUUGAUAGGUUACUUGAUGCUCUUCUUCAUAUACAGGAGUACCAACAUAAACAAGAGAUCUUGUCAUUUCCCUUGGAUCUGAUUCUUCCUGACGAUGUAUCUGGAUUCUACCGAUAUAACGGUAGUCUCACUUCUCCACCCUGCCAUCAGAUAGUUACGUGGAGUGUUAUUCAAGAUACGGUUGAUAUCUCCUUAGAACAGCUCGAGCUUUUUCGUCUUCUAAAGAUGAAAAACGGAGAAUCCUUGGUUGAAAAUUACAGAGAAAUUCAAAAUAUUGGGGAUAGACGAGUUUUACACGUGUUUACUGUCAGUGGAAGCAGUAAACUAGAUCUUCUACAUUUAACCUUUAUGCUGGUAUUAUGCUCAACAAAUUUGGAAAAAUAA